AUUGAAGGGGGGACCAUGGCCACUGUGGCCCCUCAAUGGCUCCGCCCUGCGUUCUGUAACUUGAAAGACUUCGAAGUUCAACAGCUUUAUAAAGCAGCAUGCCUCUUCUUGUUUCCCUCGCUGCUUUCUCGCUGGUCUCUACAUCAAUCGGUUCAAGCAAUGGCUGAGAAGAUCUCCACACUAAUCAUCAAAGUAGACCUGGAAUGCUGCCACUGCUAUAAGAAGAUCAGAAAGGUUCUGUGCAAGCUCCAAGAACGAGAGAAGAUCCAGACCAUCGAAUACGACAAGAAGAAGAACACCGUCAAAGUUUCCGGCCCUUUCGAUGCCGAGGGCCUGAAAAGGAAGCUGCUUUGCAUGGCCUGCGACGUGAUCACGGGCAUCGAGAUCGUUCCCCCGCCGAAGCCACCGGAUAAGCCGCCGACCCCUCCCCCGCCGCCGCCGCCGAAGCCGUGUCCGCCGAAGGUGGUGUGUAUUUUUCCGCCGUGGCCGUGCCAGCCACCGCCACUGUGCCCGCCACCACCACCGCCACCGCCACCGCCCCCGCCACCGCCACCGCCACCGCCACCGCCACCUCCUCCCCCUCCGCCGCCGGCGUGUCCGUGGCCGAGGUGCUGCUGGCAGCCGUGCCCGUGCCCGUGCCCGUCGCCGCGCCCCGAUCACCGAGGAGGAAUCGGAUGCUACCAGUGCUGCACGUGCGGGAAGGAAGACAGCGGAUCGUGGCCCCCGCACAGCUGCGGCCGCUGUGGCGGUGCUGGCGGCUGUACCUGGUGCUGCAAGGUCGUCACCCCGCCCAGCUGCGGCCACUGUGGCGGUGCUGGCGGCUGUCCCCGGUGCUCCGGCGGCGGCUGCAAGAUCGUCUGCGAGGAAGACCCUGGGUCCAUCUGCCCCACCAUGUGACCCAACUUAAUCACUUAUAUGCUGUAUCGGAAUGCUUUCAUCCUUUCUUAUUUUCUGUAUAAUAUAAGAAGAAUCUAUCUCGGACAAUCUGAUGCAAAAUGCUGGAGCUAUUGCUGUAAAUAAAGAGCUCAAUGUUUUAAGUGUAGAAUUACUAUACUAUGAGUAGCAUAAAAUAAUUAUUGCUUUAAAUUUUUUA